AUGGUCGGCCACAUCCUCGUCUGCCCGUCCCACCGCCUCGCCUGCAUAGCCACCAUGCUGGUCUCGUGGAGUUCGGGGCGCCUCAAGGAGCGCACCUGGCACAUGACCAUCAGCACGCUGGUGGCAGUGGCGGGCUUCAUCGUGGCAACGUCGGUGGAGAACACGGCGGGCCGGUACGCGGGCAUGAUCAUCUUCUGCAAUGGCACGUACGGCGUCAACUCGCUCAUGCUGGGUCGAUGCGGCAGCGUGUGCGGCCAGAUGCGCGAGAAGAAGUCGGCAGGCCCGGGUACAUACCCGGCCAACCUUGCCCCAGUCCGCAGGGCCAGUAUCAACUCGAUGGAUAGAUUAGUGCGCCUCCCCCGAGAGAUGCUCGACAUGGUAGUUGAUCACCUGGAUGACGACAGCGUCGACAGGCUCACGCAGACUAGCAGGACGUUGCAGAACUUGGUGGGGUCUCGGACCUGGCACAAGGUCGAAGUCGCCUGCACAAACUUGAGCGACCAGGAAAAGUUGAUCUGGCGGCUUGAGGCCUGCGUGACCGGCAAGCAAAAGAAGAUGCUCACCGAAAAUGGCGCCUACCCUGAGCACGACUUUGUUGAUAACGACGACAUACCGUGCUGCGCCAGCUAUGUCCGUCAGUACAUCAUCAACGGCAGUGAUGAUCAAGCUUUGUACGAAGAGCCUCUGAUCAACUUGUAUGGCCGCGACACGAUUCCGGUCGAGAUGGUCCAAGUCACCGGGCUUGUGCAUCUCUGCAUUUACAAUGUAGAGUGCGCAAGGUUUGGAGAGGACAACGGCGUGACCUUGAGAAUGCUGGGCGGUUCAGCCACGACCCUGCGCAGCCUGGAGCUGUUCCACUAUCACGAACAGUGCAGCGAAGAAGUUGAGGUCCAGAUGGACGGCAUCGACUUUCAGCUCACGGCGCUCGAGUUCCUCAUCAUGUGCAGGUUCUGCCUCCGAGAGGCCAAGGCCAUGCUCCAAGUGGUCGACUUCCCGUCCCUCGCCGAGCUGCACAUCUACCAGCCCCCCGACGAACUCUCCGCCUUUUUUGUGACCCUGCAAGCCAGGUUUGGCGCGGUCCAGCAGCCCACGCUGAGGUUGUUGGAGCUCGACCUCAACGCCACCAGCGACCAGGCAAUGUUUGACGCGCAGCGCCGCUGGCUCCGCUCCUUCACCACGCUCAAGUCCCUGAGGCUGGACCGGUGGGCGCCGCAGGCUCCCGCCCUCGACUUCUCGCGAGCCCUGCCGUCCAUAGUCGGGCACCAGGGCCUGCGCAAGCUCAUCUUUUCCCACCGCGACAGGGAGAGGGACUCGGAGGGAGGCCCCCAGUUCUACAUACCCGUGCUCAAGACGGCUUCGGUCCUCACCCUGGCCCUGAACCUGCCGGAGCUGCGGUGGCUCGAGUUCGCGCCCGACCGGGACGACCUGUUUGAGACGGGCCGCGCGCUCUCUGGCCUGACGAAGCUGGAGUUUAUGCGCUGCCGGCACCAAGAGGACGGAGACUUUAAUUACGUUUUCAAGAUGCUGACCAAGAUCAUCCAGGGCUUCCUCCGGGAAAUGCAGCCCGAUGAGACGUGGGAGGGAAAAUACAGCCUGCGGUUGGUGCAGGCCGAGGAGGAGGGGGUUCAAUACGAUGUCGCCUCUCGGUUGCCAGAGGCUUGGGGCAGGAAGAGGAUAAUCACGAAUCCCACCACGAAAAAGGCCGUUAGGAUGCGGAUGGCUCGCGACGUUGAUCCGGCUUUUGUAGAAGAUUCUGAUCCUGUGUGGAUCGACAAGGUCGGAAGGGACUGGCGUGUUGCCGAUGAAUGA